AUGUUUGAAGAAAUCAUCAGUCCUUUUGAGACCGAUCGAUUUGAUGUCUCGAAAUCCAUUUGGGAGCAUCUUCUUAUAGAUGAUGACGAUGGUGUCAAUGCAGCGUUUUAUGCACCAACUCCCGCAAACAUGUAUUCAAGGAGCUCAAGCUUCAGCAAUCUUUUGCUGAUGGACAGUUGGAGCGAACUGCCCCUCAAAGUCGACGACUCGGAGGACAUGUUGGUGUACGGUGCUUUGCGCGAUGCACUCAAUUCCGGGUGGAUGAUGCCUCUGGCUUCAAAUCAAGAACUUGAUUUUCAAAUGACGUCCAUUGAUUACAACACAAUUGGUCGGGCGAUGGAGGAGAAACCGGAGAUGGUGGAGCCUGAGGUACAAGUGCCGGUCAAGAAGACACAUUAUAGAGGCUUGAGGAGGCGGCCGUGGGGAAAAUACGCGGCGGAGAUAAGGGACCCCAAGAAGAAUGGGGCGAGGAUUUGGCUCGGGACAUACGAGACGCCCGAGGACGCGGCAUUUGCCUACGACCGGGCUGCUUUUAAUAUGAGGGGGUCCAAGGCCAAGCUCAACUUUCCCCACCUCAUCGGCUCGGCCGAGUAUGAACCUGUCAGGGUCAGACCCAAGCAUCGAUCCGCCGAGCCUAGCUUGCCGUCCACGUCCGGUGACAACGACUCGAUGACAAGAACGAAGAGGAGAAAGAGAGAGGUCACCGUGGAUGCUGAGGUAGAUUUUGGGAGUCCAAUCCCCUUUCCCAUAUUGGAUAUGGGUUUGUUGAGUGGGGAGGGACAGUUUUUAUUUUGAUUAUGCAACCUCCAAAGACAUUGUCUUGAUCAAUGAAAAGUCAAUCAGGCAAUUUUAUCUUCUGGAGAUAAUGAGUUUAGCGUUUUAGCUUCAAUGAUCUUUCACUGACAAAGAAAUCCCGCCUGUAUUGCGACAAGCAUCCAAUGUAACUGUUUAAGAAUCCUGGUCAUGAGAAAUACAAAGAAAAGAUCAAGUUUCCACAGCCAAUAUGGUCUCGAUCCUAACUCAAGGAACAACAA